UUGGCACCGACCUGUCGCAAGUUCAACAUGGAAGCGAUACGGCGCCGUCGGCACCGUGCCCGCCGGGAGAACGACGGUGCCUCCUGCUUUCACGCUGCCCUCCAGCUAGCCAGGGAGUGGUCCGACGUGCUGCCUUUCGUUGGCAUGGCGCUGCUGAUUGCGGUCUCCUCACUUAUACCCCUCGUGAUCAUGCGCUACUGGAAGGACGUAGUAGAGGAAUCAAGGCGAGGCAUUCCUUGGAGUCCGUGGUACGAGCGCGAUCUGGGGAAUGGCUAUCUGGACGAAGAGGUCGAUAACCCUCGCAUUCUUGUGUGGUCAGCGCCCACUUACCGCUGGGAAUCCGAGAAGUCGAUGCUGAAUAGCGACGAGGGCGUCUUGAAGCACUGCCCUGUUCGUGCCGACCAUAGGACUUGUUUCGUCACCAGGGAUAGGAACUACCUGAGGCGAGCCGACGCUAUCCUCUUCGACGCCAGCAGCGUCAAUUACUACGACGUGCCGACGUAUCGACACAAAGGGCAGGUAUGGGUCAUCAUGGCACGAGGCGAGGAAGCCUCUAACGACCUGCGACUCAUGACCGCCCAGUUCAACUGGACAAUGUCGCAGCGCAAAGACGCCGACGUGAUCAUGCCAUACAAAACAUGGGCUACCGUGCAUACGAAAAUAUCGCUCAACACCUUCAACCGGAGCUUCAAAUUCAAAUCAAGGGCCGCCGUGUGGUUGGUGAGUAAAUGUGAGGCCGAUCGCAUCAAAUCCUCACCAAAAUCGAUCGAAAACAUAACGAACGAAUUUCAAUUCGCCCAUCUUGUUGCGAGCGCCAGCGGUGCCUACAUCAUUGAGGACUGCGGCGGGAGACAGUGCCACAGGAACCCAGACGCUUGCUUACGGGUUUUUCAGAAGCUCUACUACUUUGUGUUCAUCGUCGAUAGUUCACCCUGCUUCGAGCAUCCGAGUCACUUACUGUUCGAUGCUCUUCAAUACUUCAUCAUACCCGUCUACUUCGGACGUUCCAGACUCGGGAAUACCGUACCACCGAUGUCAGUUGUGGACGCCACCGCGGCUCCUACAGUGGGGAAAGCUGUGAACGAGAUGAACAAGAUUUUCCGCCACUUCAAGUCCUACCAUGCUUACAUGACUUGGAAAGAGAAAUAUGGCAUUAUUACUCCCAAGAAUGAUCUGUGCGCACUAUGCGAUGCCCUGUACGAGAAUCGGCACAGUACUUCGAACAAGGACGUCGUGCAGUGGUUGGGACGGCCUCAGGAAUGCACAGAACUUCCCACUGACCGUGUGUAUCCAAAGAGCACCAGACAGGCUAAGGAUUUGGGCAUCCCAAUUCAUUAUACUUUCAAGAAGAAAAUAUAAAUAUGACGCAAAAUGUCGGAUUGUCAAUGCCGCGUAAGUCGCCAGAUCCCCGCCUGUAUAAUCGAUCCCACAAUAUCUAUGCUUAUGCGUUCGGAUAAGAUGUGAGCGACCUGCGUCGCUUUCUGUGUGGCUGCAAAGGUCGGGACACGUGUGCAGUGUUUUCAGUGUUUAGUGUGACACGUUUUACGGUUCAACGCAUCGAGUGACAAGUGCUUUCGUGUACCGCAAUAAACAUUUACUC